AACAUGGGCACAGUCAAAGAGAGAUAUCAAGACACAUUUGGCUCAAGGCAGCACGUUAGCUCUAUUAUUUAUACAUCUGUAUAAAAAUAUAUUUAUUCAAAAUGUCUUCUAUUUUUUUGGUAGUCUAGGCCCAUCCUGUAGAGAGAACUUUCUGUGAUGAUGGGAGUGUUCUGUUUUCUGCUACACAGUGUUACAGCCGUGAGUGACAUGUAGGUGUUAAUUACUUGAAAUAUGCAUAGUGCAACUGAGAAACUCAAGUUUACCUAAGUUUAAUUCAUACAAAUUUAAAUACCACAUCUGGUGGCGACUGUUCACUGGACAGUGCAGCUCCAGUUUUUAAUAACAUUGUCUUCAUGUUCAUCAACUAAUUCUUGAUAUUUUCAUCUUUUUUUGUGAAAUGAGGAUCCCAAUCUCCAGCGUAUCAGAAGACCAGGAAUCUUCAGAAGAACAAGUUUCAGGUAAUGGGCUAAUAGGGAGAGGAGUGAAGGGCGUGUGGAUUGAUGGAAAUGUUCUGUGCUUUUAUGUGGAGGAGAAGACAAUUUAGAAGUCUUUUGUGCAGUGAAGAUCAGGAGUGAUUUUCCUUACCUGGCACAGUGCACUGUGCAAAUUUAAAUAGAGGGACAUGUAAGCCUCUCACCGCCAGGGCACAGAAAUGCUCAGGGGAACCAGGGCAUGGUCCUGGUGGCUGGGGACAGCGGCAGGGACUAGGAAGGAUGCACGCUGUUUCACCUUGCAGAAAAGCUCGAUCCUUUUCUGACCUGGACUUGCCUCACCAGCAGAAGAUGUCAUCUGCUACUUGGGGCCAGUAGAAAUGUAGGUGCAUUGGUUCAGUCCUCAGCAAGCGGUGCCUCCCACAAAAAGCUGUCCAGCCUGGCUUCCCAGAAAGCCCUAUGGAAUUUGGGGGUAUACUUUUUUAGUCAUGAGCAAAACUCCAUAUUCUGGUCACUCGUUCUCUUUCAAUAUCUGUAUCCCAACAGCACCUGUGCAAUUUAGCCUCCAGGAGUCCUUCAGGCCAUGCCUCUUCAACUUUACCUCUUAUGUGUCUAGUAUCUUUUUUUUUUCAGGAGCUGUUUUUACUCAAAUGCAUCAUAUGAUUUCCUCUAUUUAUGCUGAACUCCAUUUUAUGUUCAAACAAGAUUAUAAAUAUGAUCAGUUUCUGGGGCCUGAAGGAAAUGUGGAUGUUGAGUUGAUCAAUAAGAGUGCAAACAAUUUCAGCCUUCGGUUCCCCACUGCUGGCUGGUAUCUGUGGUCAGCCACCGGCCUCGGCUUCAUGGUAGGGAUGCGGUCACGUGUGAUUGCGUUUGGUUCCUGGAGUCAGCACCUGGCCCUGGACCUGCAGCACCAUGAACAGUGGCUGGUGGCCGGCCCCGCUGUUUGCUUUCACUGCCACCAGAGCCAGAGGGAGGCUGUGGCCGAAAUCCACCUCUCCCCACUUCACUCUCCCUCCAAGGUAAUGCAGGGUGAGGUGGGCAUCUCCUGGUUCCUCGUGGCCCAUUUUAAGGAUGAAGGGAUGGUCCACUUAAAGCGUCCAUCCCGAGUGGAACCUUUCUAUGCUGUCCUGGACAACCCCAGCUUCUCUCUGAUGGGCAUCCUGCUGCGGAUCGCCAGAGGACUCGCCUCUCCUCCCAUCACCUCCAACACGUUGCUCUAUUUUCACCCACCCGAAGACAUUAAGUUCCACUUGUACCUUGUCCCCAGAGACGCCUUGCUUUUGAAAAUGAUAGAUGAUGAGGAGGAUCGCUUCUGUGGUGUGCGUCUACAGACUUCACCCUCAAUGCAACCCCUGACCUUUGGUGCCCAUUAUAUUCUGUCUAAUUCUGCUCAUCUGGAAAUAAUACCCACGGAGUUGAAAUUGUCCUACAGGAGCCCUGGAGAAAUCCAGUCCUUCUCGAAAUUCUAUGCUGGGCAGAUGAAGGAACCCAUUCAACUUGAAAUUACUGACAAAAGACAUGGGACUUUGGUCUGGAAGACUGUGGUGAAGCCAGUGGAUAUCCAACUUGGAGCUGCAUCAGCCCCUCGUACCUUCUCAGGUGCAGCCUUUGUGAGGGAGAACCACCGGCAACUCCAGGCCAGGAUUGGGGACCUGAAAGGGGUGCUCGAUGAUCUCCAAGACAAUGAGGUUCUCAGUGAGAAUGAGAAGGAGCUGGUGGAGCAGGCAAGGACACGGCAGAGCAAGACCGACGCCCUGCUGAGCAUGGUGGAGAAGAAAGGGGACCGGGCCCUGGAGCUGCUCUUCAGAAGCCUUAGUGAAAGGGACCCUUACCUCGUGUCCUAUCUUAGACAGCAGAGUUUGUAAAGGGAGUCAGUCAGAGAGUCUGGAAGAGAGAAUCCAGCGUUCUCAUUGGAAAUGAAUGAGUAGAAAUGCAUCCUUGAUUCCAGUGUCCGAAACAGAGGAGGGCUGGGUCACAUUUGCCCAUCACACAGGCUUUGAGGACAGAUACGUCACCGGGAAGAUACCCAUGGGCUGUAUCCCCAAUGCCUUUCCCUCAAGAAUAUCUGAAGAAAAGAACAAUCGUGCUUGUAAAUCUUUUCUAACCGUGGCUCGAUACAUGACUGUUCCAUCCAUUGACACGUUUCCCGAAGACCCAGGGUGAGUAAGUCAAGGCAGUUGUGUUUACGCAUGACAGGCUCCAGAAAGGAAAAUUCUCCUGAUGAACCUGAAAACCAGCUUUUAUGGACACUCUGAUGUCUCACCAUUCUACCACAAAAAGCAGGAAAGCUAACAAAACCUCUCAAUCGAAGAGACUCAAGGUAUUUCUUAAUGGUAUUGGUUUUACAUACGUUGUCCCUUUAACAUUUUAUCUAUUGCUGUUAUUACUAGAAUAAUGUAAGUACAUUAUUCUACAAGUACCCGGGAGGCGGAGGCUGCAGUGAGCCGAGGUCGCACCAUCACAUUCCAACCUGGGCGACAGAUGGAGACUCCAUCAAAAAAAAAAAAAAAAAAAAAAAAAAAAAAACCCUUGGGAAAUUGCUAUGUAUCUUGUACUUUUAAUCAUUGAGUUUUGUAUACAUUGACUGUUUCAAUA